UGCGUGUUGUUGUCAUCGCUCACUCGCAAAGCUCCUCUCACCCUGUUGACAACGCAUCUGACAUUCUUUACAACCAUGCUCCUCCGGACUAUUACUCUUCUGCUGCUCCUUAGUGUGACCGCUGGUGUCUGUGCCAACCUGGGUCACUACCAAUCAAAAUCACUGGAGGAGGAGGACACUCCGGCGCUGGAUCCACAAAACACAGAUGUGGCAGACACCAAACUAUACCAAGACCAGACCAACGAACUCCCUGAAGUUUUACCGAACAAAACACCCGAAGCAGUCGAAGGGCCCGGAGAAAUCAGCCAAGCUGGGGAAGCCCAGCAUCAACCUAAGGAUGAAGAAGAGAUGGGGAAGAGCAACGAGAUCCAGCCAGUCCAGAUGAGCAUUUCCACUCCAGAUGACCAAAACAGCAGUAGCUGGAGCCUCAUGUCAAUUAGAAGCAGUUUCCAAACGAUGCACGGCUACUUUGAUUCCCUGGUCGAACUGGUGGGGGGUCACAAUGGCGUGUGUCAGUACCGCUGCAGAUACGGGGAACGUCCUCAACCUCGUCCUGACUACAAGCACCAAGAGCCCAAUGGCUGCAGCUCUUCCAUGGUGGGAUUCCAGAUUGAUCUUGGCAUCCCGGCCAUGACUGAGUGCUGUAACCAACUCGAUGUGUGCUACGACAACUGCGGCAUCAACAAGUACGACUGUGACACCAAGUUCCGUUCUUGUCUUCAUAACAUUUGCUCCGACCUGAAGAGGAGUCUCGGCUUUGUGUCCGAAGUACAAGCCUGUGAGUCGAUGGCGGAUGCCAUGUACAACACAGUGUGGACACUUGGAUGCCGGCCCUACAUGAACAGCCAGAGGGCAGCAUGUGUUUGUGAUGGAGACGAGAGGGAUGAACUGUGACCCUGAACACCAUGGAGGCAUUGACAUGGAGAAAAAAAAAAAAAAAGACAGUUUUGCACAUAUGAUAUUUCAGAGCAUGGAAGAGAGAUGCAGCAUAACAGAAGCUAGCUUGCAGCCAGAAAGGUCCCAAAUAAGGAAAUUCCAUGACACUCAAUAUUUGGGGAUUGCGUGAUGAAACAUGUUUCUACUCUUCAUGUUCAGGCCAAUUCUUAGGCCCGUAUAACUCCAUUAACAUUCAUUUCUUUAGGACUCCAAACAAAGGAAACGCGAACAUAAAACACUUAGCAGGCUAAUUGCGCUCAGGAUGUGAGUCAGUGUUAAGUUAUUUGCUAUUUAUGCACGGACGAGGAACUGCUCCUUCUCUUAUACGCUCAGCAGACACAGCAUUAAGUACAAUGCAAUAUACCGUAAUUUCAUCUCGCCUGCGUGCCAUUAUGUGUACCUAAUGUUGUUUGUUACAGUGUACAGCGAUGCAUCAGUCGUUUUCUAUGCACUCUAUAUUAUUACGAGUGUUCAGCGACGGCGCAGAAUAAAACCUCCUUUGAUGAAAGCCA